CACCAGCUAGCUCCGCAAGACUGCGCAAGUUUUACGAUCAGCCUGCUUUCUCAAAUGACUUCAUAUCUGUAUAUAGCCAAAAACAGCUGCCAGUGUUUGUGUACAUGUGUAGGGCCAGCAGCAGUGGUCAGCAGUGUGAGCACAGCGCGCAAAAUGUUUACAUUUUGUAGCGUAGCUUUGUCACUGGCAUUUCCUCGUGGUAAUUGUCUCGAUUGAGCAAGCUCUAAAAUUGUUAAAAUUUUGUUGAAUAAAUAGAAAAACAAACUCAAACCCUCUGCGGAAUUAACCAAUCUGCUGCGAAUCUACGCUAACUAUGGGCGGUUACGCGAGCAGAAUAGUGUCAGUGUCAAAUAUUGCAGUUAAUUCGGUUUAUCGUACUCGUAAACGGAAAUGCAUCGAAGAGGACGAGUUCGAUCCCGACUCGGAAUUCAUCGACAGAACACUCCAGACUCCAAAAAAACGAAAAUUACUGACGACUGCUCAGUACAUAUACAAAACAUUGUUCCAAGAAGAAAAAGGCAGCGACGUUACGGUUCUGAUGCUAGGCAAGGCAUGGAGGCUGCACAAAGUCUACAUAACGCAGAGUCCGUACUUUGCUAGCAUGUUCUCCGGCUCUUGGAGAGAAGCUAAUGAAAAGGUGAUCAGCGUGGAAGUAACCGAUCCUAAUAUCACUUUAGACUCUCUGGGAACUGUGCUAGGCUCUCUUUACCUCGAUGAGCUAAGUUUAGAGCCUAAAGACGUUAUUUCAAUUCUAGCAACAGCAACAUUAUUCCAGCUACAAAGUUUAAUCGACCAAUGUACAGAAAUAAUGGUAGAAACAACAAACAUAAAAACUGUCGUAGCUUAUCAUAAUGCGGCUGCUUCAUACGGCGUGCCAACUGUUAAGAAGGCCGCUAAACGAUGGCUGGAAGUCAAUCUACUGGGAUAUGGCUGGUUACAUCCUGAAUUUCUGAAUGAAAUUACACCCGAUUUAAUGGUAGAAUUAAUCAAAAGCCCUGAUUUGGUUGUCAUGCAGACCGAAUUCUGCAUCUACAUGAUGUUAAGAAUAUGGUUAUUCGUCCACCUACAAAAAAAAGAAGAAGUCGUGCAGAUAGAAGAAUUUUACAAGAGUCACACUUGGGCCGAACCAUUUCUAAUCACAGAAGAGGGCAGAGCUUACGCUGCGCCUUUUAAAUCGUUAAGGAUGAAACAUUUACUGCUUCAUCAUCAAGACGUGAAAAUAUUAUAUGGAGAUAAUUUGAUCCCUCCUGAAUGGUUGAACACUGCUUAUAAGGACCAGUGGCAUCACUUGUUGAGAAUUGACGCUAACAAAGACUGCGGAAUUUAUUUUCAUUUCAGACCGAGGCAGAUGAGUGAGGAGGAAUUUUCACGCGAAUGCUUCAGGUGCGGCAGGUGUGUUGAAAAAGGAGGAGAACACAUUUGGCGAUGGACAGCCUUCCAUUUUGGAUUAGAUCUCGUUGCUUCUUUAGACACUACCACGCUGAGGCUGAAGCGAAAUCAUAGAAUUGAAACAGAGCAUAUACAGUCCAAUCACGCAAAACAUAAUGUCAUUGUUAAGGUGUCCCUGGUGUCGUUAGACGAGCAAAGACAAGUGAAACACAUUCAGAAUUCGGGUAUGCUCCGAUUAUCGCUUCAUAAAAAUGAAGAGAAACAAGUUAUGUCCCUCGACAAACAGCUGACCUACCCAUUGUACAUAUCUGUAAACAUGCAGGUAGUAACGCCAUUUGCGCCGACAGAGGAAGGAAAACCGCAGCAACAGAAGGAAUCUGAAAUUGUUUUGACUUUGUCGGAUACAUAAGCAACACUUGAAAUCAAUCUUUCAUUUUUUACACAUUCUUGGUUUACUUUUUAUUUCAUUUCAUUCUAUUUUACUUUUACGAUUCGCGAUCUCGACACAAGUUUUAUUCAUCAAUAAUAAUGUAUGUACACUCGCUAAUAUUGAGCACUAGAUUGGCUCGAAUCUAUGGAUCAAUUGAUCUAAAUUAAUACAGUAAAAGUCACUCGAAAUCAAAAACAUUAAACGCACACUGUAAGAGUGCUUCACUGUAAGAGACCUUCUAAAACCAGGACAAACAAUUUUCUAAUUGUUGAAAAUCGACGACUAUUUAAAGUUUAGAAAUAUUACAAAACUUUCACUCUUAUGAAAGUCUUAAUCGGUGAGAAAUAAUUCAUUAUUUCCUACAUAGUCCCAACUACCGUCUCGUUCACGAUAUUUUUAAAGUAUUUCUGUAUCGAAAAAAAUUUCAAAAUUCGUAAUUCUGUAAGUAAUUUUUAUUCAUUUUAAUUCUUUUUUUCACUUACAGUCCAUCAGUAACUACUCGACGGGUAACUUACUAAUUAAUUCAAAUGAUUGCUGAUCGACGGCUAUUCAAGUUUCUCAAUCCAUGCG